AUGAUAAUCAAAAAAAUUGAAAAACUAUUAUGUUCCAUUAACGAAAACUAUUCUACAAUUAAGAGUAAAAAAAAUAUAUUUAUGCAGGCACUGCUUAAUUUUGCUUUGAAAAUCCAAAUGAGGCAAAUUUUAUAGUAUUUCUUAUUGAAAAUGAAAUGUAAUAAGUUUAAGCAGAUAAAAAAUUACAAUAUCUUUUUUUGAUUGAUGAAAUUUUUUUGUUGGAACUUAAAUACAAAAGAGCUACUAUUGAUUUUAUAAAAGCUUUUGGGAUAAAAUUGAAAAAAAUGAUUUAGGCUUUCCAAGUAUUAUCUAGUACAUAAUAAUUUGACAAAGUCUUCAAUUUAAUCAAUAAGUGGGAGAAAGAAAUGAUUUUUCAUCCUAGUUUCACUAUCAAACUCAGAUGCAUUCUGUUACCGAAUUACUAAGUAUUACAGAAGCAGUAAUAAUAAUAAUAUUAAGAAGAAAUAUAAAAAUAAACAUAAUAUGAAAAAAAUAUGAAAAUAAUAUAGGUUUAAAUUAUUCGAAUAUUACUAGUCUAAUUCGCAUUCUAAUUAAUGCUAUAAUCUCCUGAAAUAAAUGUAAUAAAUUGAAAAAAGAACUUUAGAAUUUUAAAAUAAUAACAAUAAUCUUAAUAAAAUGAAAAAAAUAAAUUCAAUGAUAGAAGAAGGAGAAGAAUGCAGAAAAUUAGUUAUAAAUGUAGAUUAAUGCAUAUAAUUUAGAGUAUAUGCCAAAUUUAGUAACAUUAUUUAAGUAUUUCUAAUUAAGGGGAAGCAUUAUAAAAAGACCUAUUCUCAAAAAAUAAGCUAGAAUUUUAUAAGAGAAUGAAAAAAAAGAUAUUUCACUGA